AUGGUGUGGGUUUCUCUUCAAAUCUAUCUGAACAUCAUACUUUUCUUUAUUAUUCUGGAAAUAAGACAUGGCACUGGAAAGGGCACCAGAGUGCUGGAAGCAACAGCCCCAGGAGAUAUCAUCAUCGGAGGAAUCUUUCCCUUUCAUGAAGAUGUCGACAAAGAGAACAACUCUUUUGCACCCCACCUAAAGCCAUGUAUCAGGUUUCAAGGCAGCGGCCUGACGAAGGCAUUGGCUAUGAUCAAUGCCAUAGAGGUCAUGAAUAAAUCCCCUCUUCUGGCUGAUGCUAACAUCACUCUGGGCUACCGGAUUGCGGACUCCUGCUCUGAUGUCAGCACAGCUCUGAAAGCAACAGCACAAUUCACCCAGCAGGACCCAACCAACUGCGACAGAGGAAGCAGCACCUCCACCUGUGGACAGCCAGUCAUGGCUGUUAUAGGGGCCUCUUACUCUGAAACAUCGAUCGCCAUUGCUAGGCAACUGACACUCAAUAUGAUUCCUCAAAUCAGUUAUUCAUCAACUGCUGUCAUUCUGAGUGAUAAGGACCGUUUCCCUGCCUUCAUGAGGACCAUUCCUAAUGACAAGCAUCAGACAGCUGCCAUGGUCAGUCUGCUCAGCACCUAUGGCUGGAACUGGGUAGGAAUAGUUACCACAGAUGGAAAUUAUGGUCAAUCAGCUCUCGACCACUUUGUUUCCCAGGCUUCUGAAAAACGUAUCUGUGUGGCCUUCAAAUCAAUCCUACCUCAGUCUGUGACCAGUCCAGAUGUCUCCCUUGCUAUCAUACAGACUGCCAAAACCAUCUACAAGAAUCCCAAGGUACAGGUGAUUGUGUCAUUUGCCAAGCCAACACACAUGAUGUACCUUUACCAGGAGCUUAAGAAUCAGAUGCUGAAAGCAGGACAGCGCACAGAGUCAAUGAGAAGAGUCUGGGUGGCCAGUGACAGCUGGUCCUCCUCUAGCUCUGUGAAAGGUAACUUAACUCUGGAAGACAUAGGACACGUUGUGGGCUUCACCUUUAAAAGUGGAAACCUGUCAUCAUUCAGUGAGUACCUGAGCAGGCUGGAGGCAGCUGGACAUGACUACACAGGGAAUAACUCCUUCAUGCUGGAAUUCUACACUCAACUAAAUGUCUCUGGAGACCAAGAGCUGGUGUCUAAAGCUGUGAACACCCUCAGAGAACACACUCAUGCCGAUACUAUCUUCAGUGUUGAGAUGGCUGUGAGUGCCAUCGCUCAGGCUGUGGCGUCUAUCUGCAGGAGCAGAGACUGCAAAACACAAGGCAGAGUGCAACCCUGGGAGGUGCUGAGAGCUCUGUGGAUGCAGGAGUUUCAACUUAGAGAAAAGAGGUAUAAGUUUGACAGCAGAGGAGACAUCAACCUGGGCUAUGAUGUGACAAUGUGGAGGUCUGAUGGAGGGAACAUUCAUGUCCAUGAUGUUGUAGCUGAGUAUCACCCACACAACAACAACUGCAACCACAACUAUAACACCACCCAACAUCUUCAGGACCUGAAGCACAUCAUCUCAAAAUGCUCCAAUAGCUGCGUUCCUGGAGAGUUCAAGAAAACAGCUGAGGGUCAACACACUUGCUGUUAUGAGUGCAUCAACUGUACUGAGAACUACUACUCUAAUAACACAGAUAUGGACCAGUGUCUGAGUUGUGACACAAACACAGAGUGGUCUCCUGAGGGCAGCUCCACGUGCAUCCCCAAAGCCCUGCUGUUCUUCUCCUGGCAGGAUGGCUUUGCUGUGGUGCUCCUGUCGUUUUCUGCCCUGGGCAUCCUCCUGGCUCUGCUGGUGUCCUCUCUGUUUCUACAUCAGCGUGACACUCCUGUAGUGAAGGCUGCUGGAGGGCCACUGAGCCAGGCUAUCCUGUUCUCUCUGAUCAUCAGUUACAUCAGCGCCAUGCUGUUUGUUGGCCAGCCCAACAGUUUCCAGUGCAAGGCUCGACAGGUGCUCUUUGGCAUAAGCUUCACUCUGUGUGUCUCUUGCAUCCUCGUCAAGACCCUGCAGAUCCUACUAGCCUUUCAGUUUGACCCUGAGCUGCAGGAGGUUCUCCGGAGACUCUACCAGCCUUAUGCUAUCAUCAGCAUCUGUGUGGCCUUACAGGCAACUACCUGCAUCUGCUGGCUAGUCCUCAAAAGCCCAUUUAAUCACACCAUCAUGCAUCCAACCACUCUGCUGAUGGACUGUCAUGAGGGCUCAUAUUUGGCCUUUGGAGUGAUGUUAGGCUACAUAGCCGUCCUGGCUUUUGUGUGUUUCAUCUGCGCCUUCAAAGGGCGGAAACUGCCACAGCAGUACAACGAGGCAAAAUUCAUCACCUUCAGCAUGCUGCUCUACCUCAUCUCCUGGCUACUCUUUGUUCCCGUCUAUGUCACCACUUCAGGAGUAUACCUGCCAGCUGUGGAGAUGGUGGUCAUUCUCAUCUCCAAUUACGGCAUCCUCAGCUGUCAUUUCUUCCCAAAGUGCUAUAUAAUCCUUUUUAGGAAGGAACAAAACACCAAGAGUGCUUUCAGGAAGAAUCUGUAUGAUUACUCCAGCAAAACCACAGAUUCUGUCUCUGUGUCUGGGAGUUCAGUGUUAGAGCGACAGAUCAGUGCUCAAAACUUCACCAUCAGUGCCUCAUCCCUCCCUGCACCUGCAGCCAAUCCUCUCAAACCUGCUGUGGUUGCAAACUGCAGAGAAACCAGCUGCACAAGUUUGCACAGAGGCUCAAUCACAUCACACUGCCUAAGAAGAAGCACCAGCAUAUAAUUUUUUUUACAAACUUUUUAAACAUUAUAAUAAAAAAGGGUUGUCAGAAAUCAUCUAUAUUAAACUGUACAUUUUCAACAAUUUUUGCAACAGAUUAUAGAUUUCACAAGAUCUCUGUCUCCAUUCCUGUGCUUUCAGAAGUAGGAAGUCAAAAGCAUUAUCUGCUAAUUUUCCAUUAUAUCCAUAUAUCCUGGACAUCCUAAAAAAACAAGCCCAAAGGUACAGCAAGUCAAAUGCAAUGAUACUCCCAGUGGCUUUGGUUUUAAAAAAAAUCACAAGAGGUCUGGAAGAUUCCCGUCAUUAUGAUAAUAACAACGAAAAAAAGCCAUGAAUUGUUCAUCAUCAUCAUUAUCAUCAGGGCAUAAUUUAAAUUGAUCCCUCUUGCAAUACCAUAUUUCUAUUAGAAAUGAGAAAAUUUUGGGUUUAGCACACAAAAAUAUAAGAGAGGCACAAGAUCAUGUAACAUAUAUAAUAAAUAUGGUUGAACAUCAUCAGAGUAUAAAACACAGCUCGCUAGUGGAAAAAUAUAAAUACAACACAUUUUUAGA